AUGGAUAAGGAGUUCAAUAUUCCAAAACUGACAUACCCAGGACAGUUAAUAUGUCCACAAUUUGAUGUUCGCGAAGAGAAUAACAAUCAAGUAAUUUAUAAUUUUGUAGCUGGUCCGGGCACAAAAUUAUUAGAGUACAAUUAUCAAGGUAGUUUAGUCCCAGCUUUAAUUUCAACUCUUAUUGGAUAUACUAAAGUAGAAGAAGUAACAAUAGACAAACCAGAUUCAGAAGGUAAAGAAAUUAGCAAUUCUAGUACUGCAAGUAGAGCUACAACUCCUUUAAAUCAAUCCACUAUUUCAACAUUAGAAUCAGAUGAUAGAAUUAUAAAAAAUAUACGAGUCUCUGUAUUUCACAAAUUACGUUCGAAAGCCGACUUCAAUGAAAAUGUCGAUUAUGAUUUUACCAAUAAUCUGCCUAAAGAAGGAAGCAUUGUUUUAGGAAAAGUUACUCGUAUCACUCUUCAAAGAGCUAACUUAGAAAUUUUAGCAGUCGAAAAUAAUCCAGUUCCAAUUGAUAGUGGUAUAGGUAGCAAUGGUUCUGGUGUUAUCGCUAGUGGUGGCGGUUCCGGGUCUGCUAUGUAUUCUGUAGCUCAAAUAUCCUCCGACUAUAGUGAGCCUUUCAGAGGCAUAUUAAGGUCUCAAGAUGUUAGAGCUACCGAAAGAGAUAGUGUUAAAAUGGUUGACUGUUACAAACCUGGUGAUAUUGUAAGAGCCCAAGUUCUUUCUUUGGGUGAUGGUACUAACUAUUACGUAACUACUGCCAGAAAUGAUUUAGGUGUUGUAUUUGCUAAAGCUGCCAAUGGUGCUGGUGGUUUAAUGUAUGCUAUUGAUUGGCAACAUAUGGUAUCUCUAAGCACAGGAAAUAUAGAAAAAAGGAAAUGUGCUAAACCAUUUUAG